UCGACUUUCGACUCUGCUCCAUCGCCAUUCACGAAUUAGCCAUAAAACUCUCCAUCACGAUUCACGAAUCCACUCGGAGAUUGCAAGGCAAGAAGAUCAAUGGGAUCGUGCGUCUCCCGCUCUGGUGCCGCGGCGGAAUCCGUGUCCGUGCACGCGCUCACGGCCAAGGUCGUGGACCUCGACGGCUCCAUGGCGCAGUUCGCGGCGCCCGUCGCGGCGCACGAGGCCCUGGCAGCCGUCACAGCCGACGACGGAGCUGCGCCGUCGCCGGCGCCGUCGCGCUUCCUCUGCUGCUCCGACGCGCUGGACUUCGACGCGCCCAUCACCGCGCUGGCCGCGCACGACGCGCUCCGCCACGGGCAGCUCUACUUCGCCCUGCCAACGUCCAUGCUCGGCAGGCCGCUGUCCGCCCAGGACAUGGCCGCGCUCGCCGUCAAGGCCUGCGCAGCUCUGCGGACAGCGCCGGUCGUCCCCGCCGCGGACGUGGGCGCAGCCGGCACCGGCAGCGCGCCGCCGUCGUCGCUGGGCAGGAGCGAGGGCGCCGGUGCGGCGAGCAAUAGGCAGCAGCGGUGGCAGGCCACGGGACGAGUCGCGCCGCUCGUCGUCGUCGUGAGCGCAGACGCGCACGGCGAGUGGAAGAGUUACCCCGUGCACGACGGGUACAAGGACGCGCGCAAGGCGGCGCGCGGCGGCGAGACGGUUGGGAAGGCGAGGAACGGAGUUGGCUACAAGGGUGUCGCCCGUGAUCUUGCACCCGUGCAGAGGCUAAGCGUGAUCGUGGAAACAGCAAGCGAGUAGCGAGUGAUGAUCCAUUGAUCGGUAACAGUUUUGAUCAUGGCUAGCUGGCAAUUUAGCUAGUUUACUUGCUCCCCCAUUCCAUUUGAGAGGAGAUCGGUGUACUACUGUUUUCAGUAAAGUUUUUGAUUCUUUGGUGCGUA